AACAGAGCAAAGGAGACGAAUUGCCAAUUGGGUGAAGAAGAUGACGAUGAUACUUGCCAAUUGGCCUCUUCUCUGUACUCCUCCAGCCGCUAAUUCAAUUAAUCGUUCUUCUUGGCUGCAAAAUGUAUCCAUUCUUCAAUCUUCAUCCUCUGUCUCUCUCCCUAUUACUACUAUAUCUGCCCAUCGCUGCUGCAUCAACAAUAAGGACGAAAACACUGCCACUACAUCACUUGAGGAAUUCUCUGUUCUGAAACCAGAUAACGGAAUAGACAAUGGCAACCUUUGGAGCACCAUGGCCUUGUAUAUGUUCAGUCUGCACAUUCCUCUUAGUUUUGGAGGUCUAUCUGUGGUCGCUUCCAUUCUUGGUCAAUCCAGUCUUGACCCACAAACCGAGGCUGUUUGUCUGCUUGGAAUUCAGAUAUUAGAGCUGCAAGCUGUCUUGUGGGGUUCGACUUACUUUAUGAAGAACAAGACUCCACUGUUUGACCUUCUUAGAAUCUUCCAACCCAACAACAACAGCAAUCUAUCAGGAGAAAGGAACUGGGUAUUUGCAUCAAUUGUAGGAUUUGGGUUUCUAUUGUUAAUUGUGUUCUCAACAUCAUUCCUUGCAGACCAAUUGACUAGUUCAAAGGAAGUAAACAAUCACAUACUAAAGGAGAUCGUUUCGAGUGGUUUCAUAUCUAAAGGCGCCUGCGUUCUUGUUUAUUGCAUCAUCACCCCUCUGCUGGAAGAAAUUGUUUACAGAGGGUUUCUAUUGAGAUCACUGGUUUCAGCAAUUGGUUGGCGUGGAGCAGUUGUGGUAAGUUCGGUCGUGUUUAGUUUGGCUCAUUUCUCGGUUGAGGAUUCAUUACAGUUGUUUAUAAUUGGUUGCAUUCUUGGAUGUUCUUAUUGUUGGUCAGGAAAGUUGAGCUCUCCUCUUCUCAUUCACUCAUUGUAUAAUUCAUUCAUUCUAAUAGUUACAUUCUUAGCCUAAAAGAUGUUUCCUUGUUUGGAAAAUUUUGAUAAGUAUACACUUUUUUUGUUGUCU